AGGAAAAAUAAUAAAACCUAAAACAGAAGAAGAAGGAGAAGGAGAAGGAGAAGGAGGAGGAGAGAGGAGAAGUGAUUCGAUCGAUCAAAGGAGCUAAAUCUGUAAGGAAUCUGAAUAUUGUGUGUUUUUAAAUUCCGGAGAUGAGAAGCGGCGGUUUGGAAAUGAUGUUAUCUUCGUCGGGGAUUUUGUCUUCGUCUUCUUCUUCCUCGGCGGCAGCAAUCUUAGCGCUUAAUUUGAAGGAGGCUACGAAUUGGUGGUCGGAUGUGAACGAAUCUCCGAUGUGGCAGGAUCGUAUCUUCCAUAUUCUCGCUUUUCUAUAUGGGAUUGUUUCCGUCAUUGCUGUGAUUCAAUUGGUAAGAAUACAAUUGAGGGUUCCAGACUAUGGCUGGACGACACAGAAGGUCUUUCAUUUUCUCAACUUCCUGGUGAAUGGAGUUCGAGCCCUAGUUUUUCUCUUCAGGCGAGAUGCACAGAAUAUGCAGCCAGAGAUUCUGCAACAUAUCUUGCUUGACAUCCCAAGUCUUGCUUUCUUUACCACUUAUGCGCUCCUGGUCCUCUUUUGGGCAGAAAUUUACUACCAGGCACGUGCUGUAUCCACUGAUGGACUGAGGCCAAGUUUCUUCACAAUUAAUGCAGUUGUAUACCUAAUUCAGAUUGCUCUUUGGUUGGUAUUGUGGUGGAAGCCAGUUCAACUUAUGGUAAUAGUUUCUAAGAUGUUCUUUGCAGGUGUCUCUUUGUUUGCAGCACUUGGAUUUUUACUAUAUGGAGGAAGGCUUUUUCUGAUGCUUCAGCGAUUUCCAGUAGAAUCUAAAGGGCGCCGCAAGAAGCUACAAGAGGUUGGUUACGUGACAAGCAUAUGCUUUACAUGUUUCCUCAUCAGAUGCAUCAUGAUGUGCUUUGAUGCGUUCGAUGAAGCAGCAGAUCUUGAUGUUUUAGAUCACCCAAUCCUAAACUUCAUAUAUUAUCUGUUGGUGGAGAUAUUGCCUUCUUCACUGGUCCUCUUUAUCCUAAGAAAGCUUCCACCAAAACGGGGUAUCACACAGAAUCAUCAAAUCCAAUGAACCUGUUCAGAAUCGAAGGAAGCACCGAGGUAGCUACAGUGCCUAUACUGGGUGGUAUAGUAAACAGAGAAAAAAACAUAAGAAACAGCUGAGAAAGGGGUCCAAAGGUGAUCCUAUCUUCUUUUUUUCUUCAGUAAACCGGAAGUUAAUAUCGUGUAGGUACACCGGUAAACCAGAGGGGUUCUUGUUCCUUGAUAGACAAAAUGUACAUGUAAGGAAGGGGUUGCAGAACAAUGAAUUGUGCUUUCUAUCUUUAACUAAUUGAAUGUGGAUAAUUAGUAUAAUACUAUAAUCUCUCUUGUUUGAGAAUUUCUAAUA